UUGUGAAAGAUGGUGGAUCGCCUGGCAAACAGCGAGGCAAACACGAGAAGGAUCAGCAUCGUGGAAAACUGCUUCGGAGCGGCUGGCCAGCCCCUCACUAUUCCUGGGCGUGUCCUGAUUGGGGAGGGAGUGCUGACGAAGCUGUGCAGGAAGAAGCCCAAAGCCAGGCAGUUCUUCCUCUUCAACGACAUCCUUGUCUACGGCAACAUCGUCAUCCAGAAGAAGAAGUACAACAAGCAGCACAUAAUCCCCCUGGAAAACGUCACCAUUGAUUCCAUCCAGGAUGAGGGGGACUUGCGGAACGGGUGGCUCAUCAAGACGCCCACCAAGUCGUUUGCCGUUUACGCCGCCACCGCCACGGAGAAGUCCGAGUGGAUGAACCACAUCAACAAGUGCGUCUCUGACCUGCUUUCCAAGAGCGGGAAGAGCCCCAGCAGCGAGCACGCGGCCGUCUGGGUGCCGGACUCGGAGGCCGCCGUCUGCAUGCGCUGCCAGAAGGCGAAGUUCACGCCGGUCAACCGCCGGCACCACUGCCGCAAGUGCGGCUUCGUGGUCUGCGGGCCGUGCUCCGAGAAGAGGUUCCUCCUGCCCAGCCAGUCCUCCAAGCCCGUGCGCAUCUGCGACUUCUGCUACCAGCUGCUGGCCACCGGCGAGAUGACUGCUUGCCAGUCCUCCAGGUCAGACUCCUACAGCCACUCGCCAAAGUCCUCUCUAAACGAUGUGUCCGACGAGGACGACGAUGAAGACAGCAGCGAUUAAGGACCAAA